GGUGUAGAUCCUGGUGGACCAAUCACAGCUGGUCAUUGGGUCGGUACUUAUCUGAUCUCUUUUAGACCAAGCUCUGGUUUUUAACCUGUUUUCUUUGAACGGACACCUGCGGACAGUCACAACAUGACAAGCUACACAGACAAAGGGGAGAAGCCUCCAAGAGGAAAGUUCAUUAGUUUCCAUCAUGUCACCUUUUGGGUUGGCAACGCAAAGCAGGCAGCCUCGUUCUACUGCGAUAAGAUGGGCUUUGAACCUUUGGCAUACAAGGGUUUAGAGACCGGCAGCCGUGAGGUGGUGUCUCACGUCAUCCAACAGGACAAGAUCAUUUUCCAGUUUCAGUCUCCUCUAAAUCCUGGAAAUGAAGAGAUGGGAGAACACCUGAUCAAACAUGGAGAUGCAGUCAAAGACAUCGCUUUCAAAGUGGAGGACUGUGACUUCUUAGUCAAGAUGGCCAAGGAGCGAGGAGCCGUGAUUGUCAGGGAGCCGUGGGUGGAGCAGGACAGCCACGGGAGGGUCAAAUAUGGCGUGAUUCAAACGUACGGAGACACAACCCACACACUCAUUGAGUACCUCGGACCCUAUAAAGGCCUUUUUCUGCCAAACUACAAAGAGCCUCUGUUCAGGGAUCCUCUGUUACCCAAACUGUGAGUCCAACAGCAUGUUUAUGCUUCAUACGUGCUGCCCGAAAAAGAA